AUGUCCACGCAAGAGAAUGAGGCUGUAUUUGGCCGCCUCUUUGGGGGCAAUGGCGCUGACCACCGACGCCGACCGAAUGAGUUUACAGACCAUACCUUGGGCGCGAACAAACCUUCCGAGGCGGCGAAACGACAAGCAGUCGGGCUUUUGCCUGAACGAGGUUCAACCACACUAUCUCCAAUGUCCAAAAAAGGUCACUGCUCCGAGGAUGCCUGGAAGGGGUCCUUGGAGUUCCCGGCUCAUGGUAAUAGGUCCCAAUCUCCCCACAGAACAGACUCAAUAAGAUCACAGGACAGCUCUACCGGGUCUGCUACUACUACUCGGUCAUCCACAUUUCCGAACACCAUGUCCGAUAGUCUCGGCUCUCUAUAUACAACCCCAGAAAGUCCCACCUUUGACGUCGGCUCACAGUGCUCCUACGGCAACGACAGCAACAUGACUUCCGGGAACACGAGCCCCAAUCCGAGCCGGAAAAACACAAUUGAUGAGCGGCUAGACGAUUUCGUGCUCGAGGGCAUCGAAGUAAAACGAGCAAAAACAGAACAUUAUGGCACGUCCGCGGCCUCAACACAGAUGGCAACAGAUGUUUUGGCACAUUUUCCAACACACUCAAAGUCUUUCCCCCUCACCGAUACCUAUUUGGUCAAUGAGACCUGGCCUGAACUGGUGCACAUGCAGGCUGGCAUGGACUUUCAGUGGAAAAACAUUGCACCCCGAAGACCAACACCCGGCUUCCUUGCGCUUACACCUGACGAACGGUCUAUGGUUAGCCGGGUUGAUCCCUUGCCCAAGGUGGGCUCCGCCAAUUUACCGUUUCGGCCCAUGAAAUCGCUGGAUCCCGUCUCUGAUCCUGUUCCAGGUGAAGACUGUUCCCAAGACAAACAUGCCACUGCAGAUGUGAGCUCUAGAAGCCCUUGCUCUUCGAGUAAUACACCUGCCACACCCACACCCGCACCCCUCAGCAUGCGCAACACACCAAGCCCUCCACCAGAGGCCGAAGGCCCCGUAAGAUCAAUUGCGGUUAGGCAGCUCGUUGCCUGCGACAGCUAUGGGGAUGCCUACUAUGACGUUCUAUGCCAAGCAAUCCACAACCUCAUUCUGGAGCACACUCCCACAGCUGUACUUGAGGAUCUCGAGAAGCCGAUGAAGAUGACUGCAGCUUGGUGCACUGAACAAGCCAUCAACAUGAUACAGGAAAAGCUUUAUGAUAUUUCAUGUGCUGAGAAGAUAGCAGCAGACUGCGGCGAAAACUCUCUGGAUGAUUCUGGCUCGGGAUCUCAGGCCCCAUCGCACGCAGCGGUUGCAUCAGCCACUCAGAAGAAGCAUGCUCGUGCAAAGAGACACGGCGAAUCGAGCAACCGCCGAGGAGAUGACGAUUCGGAAGAUGACACAAACAACAACCAAGACCAAGAAGACAACAGCACAGGCCGGCAGGAUGACCGUCACCUUUCGAAGCGAGACAGAGUUGGAUUCAGCUGCCCAUUCAGAAAACGAAAUCCCUUGCGAUUCAACAUUAGAGAUUGGUCCAACUGCGCGCUGCAACCCUUUGCGAAUAUCACUUUGCUAAAGCGUCAUAUAAAAUCCUGUCACGGGCUCAAGCAGUCGUCGGAAUAUGUAUGCAGGCGGUGCAAACAAGACAUGGGCCGCGGCGAGAGUCUGGACCAGCACCUGAAUCUUCCCCGACAAAGCUUGUGCGAAUCUGUAAUUGAGGAACCUGUUGCCAACCCAGAGGAUGGAAUCACUCGCGAUAUCGACGAACAACUCUGCGCUCGAGACAACGUACGAAAGGUUGACAGCUGGGUUGCCCUGUGGCGCACACUGUUUCCCAACGAUGAGCACCCUCCAAGUCAAGGCAAGUGUGGCUCUUUUCGAGACUCCCUUUAUCGGCCACCUCUCAGUGAGAUUCCAUGGGCUGACAUGAUCCUAGAGUUUGAUCCUCCGGUUGGCCUCGAGGAGGUCGUCAACAAAUUCGACAGCCAGGAAAAGGGGCUGCUCCCCACGGGCGAGGGAUGGCCGCCGCUGCGCGCAAAACUACACACGCGCUUUCAUGCAAUCUACUAUCAAGGCCUAGACCCCGGUGACUCUUCGAGUCUUGCCAAUGAUGUCUGUCAGGAAUACAUCAGUGAAACUCUCAAGGCAUGCGCCAAGAUUCCAGACGAGAAGGGCCCGUAUGUGGACGGACCGUUAAGGAAUAGUCCCUCUCGGCCCAUCGCAACGCCAGUCAGAUCCCUGAAGAAGUCCGGGAAAACAGCUACAUCUCGUCAAAUCGAACCACUCGCAACCCCCGCGCUGCUACCACGUAGCGUUCCGGUCAGUUUUGUGCCGAACCAACCCCCGAUAAAUGCGGUGAACUGGCUCCCGAGUCCACCGCGCCCUCCAUUCCCAAACAUGGGUGAUGGGCCAUUCCCAGGACGUCAGAACCCGAUAGCCGGCGGCUAUCUAAAUACUUUCCCAACCAACGUUCAGAGCCGACCGCCGUCGGUGUCCGAUUCGACCAUUUCUUCAGGCUCCACGAGGCAACCCCAACCCCUUCACUCCUCGGUCGCGCCUCACGUCGAGCCAGGUCAUGCUGCAAGAGCCCUAGCCUAUGGUCCCGUGUUUGCUUAUCCAGCAGAGAACGAUUCCUUUGGCGUCCCGAGCUACGCGUUUGCGAACGCGCCCCCCUUCAGUCCUUCUGGUCCCGGCUAUACAAAUCUCCCUCCUGCACCAAAUCGCCUGCAAGUCCAUACUACUGAGUUCGCCCAGCCACAAAACGACGCCGAGGGACCAAUACUGGACACUGUCAUGCCAGGGUUUGGGGAUUGCAAUGAUCCGUGGCAGGGUUGA